AUGAAGAGUAAAAGUAAACCAGAAGAAGGUGCGUUACUUUAUCCAAGGAGAGUUGGUUGGGAAACUAGCAUAGAACAAAAUGGCAGACAAUAUUAUACAUGCAUUACUGAAGGCAAUGAAACUAGUAAUUUACUACCAGGAUAUAGAUGUCGUUCUGGGUGCAAGUUUAGUGAUAUAGAAGAAGCACCUAGUAAUGCAAUAACAAGCUUAUAUAAAAGGCUAAAUCCUAAUUCAAAUACAAAUUUUUCUGGUCCUUUGGUUUUAGGUUGGGAUAACAAAGAAAUAUUGGAAGCUUCACUGAAGGAUAUAGAUUUUCAACCCUUUGCUAUAAAGUUUGACAAAUUUUUAAUAUAUAUUAUAGAUAUUGGCAUGGGAGAAGAGAGUGAUUUUGGUGUCAAAAUUGAUUAUACUUCUUCAUUUAUAGGUGAAUAUAAUAGAACACGUGCUUUGUUUAUUCAAACUGUUGAAUAUGAUCAUUGCAAAAUUUCUAUAUAUGUGGAUAAUAUUGAAUCACCAGUGUUUUUCUUUGGAUCUACACCAUCAGAAGUAUGGGAAAAUACAAAGAUUUAUAAAAAAUUCACUGGAAUGCAGUUGUUUGGGCUGGAACAUCCAAUGACCAAACAAAAUAUACAAAUUGGUAAAAUUCCUAAAUGCACACCUAUAUCUUGGAAUAACGAAAAAAUUAUGGAUGCUAUUUUCAAUUAUAAUUUGAAAAAAAGAAUUCCUAAUAUUGACUGGAGAAGAGUUUUUCAAUCUUGGCUAGAGCAAAAAAGCACAAUUAUUGAACUGCAUGGAAAAUUAAAAAAUUUAUAUCCAUACAAUCAUGAAUUUAGUGAACGUGAAAUGAGAGCAUGGCGUGCAAUGUUGAGGGCUACCGGAUGUACAGAAAUCACACCAGUUUCAAUAGACAAGUUAGAGCAUGAAUUUUGGUCUCGAAGCUUUGAUCCAUCAGUUGAUCAAGAUACCUUGGAGGUUUUAAAUAGCUAUGAUGGUAAAAUAAGAAUAUUGUCAAUAAUUGCAAGCGAAUUUCAAUACGAAGAACUUCAAAGAAAACUCAAGGUUAUGCCAAAUGAUUUAGAACAAAUUAUUAAUAACAGAAAUAAGCUUCAAUAUUAUUGGUCACACCAGGCAAGAAAGACAUACCUUAAUGCUCAAUUUAAUGCUAACUUGCUUUCUCUUGAUGAGGAGGGUGCAAUCAUUGUAGUUGAUUAUAAAAUGAAGAUUUUACCACAGUCAGCUCGUGAAGCAAAAUCUGAUUUUUAUGGGAAAUCUGGAUGGACUCUACAUUCAAUGUUA